CAUGUUGCAAAUUUCAAUUUUAUUUGAAAACUGAAGGGGCCUGAUUUUCAUAUCUAGACCACAGACUUAAAAAAAAAAAAAAAAACAAGGAUAGUGUGACGGUGACAUCAACCUCUGAUUUUCCAUAGGCUUUCAAACAUUUUCCAUUGGCAUGCAAAAAGCGUUGUGAAGCCAUGGAAAUCCAGUUUUUGUGGCGCUAUGUUAUAAAUUGUAGCGAGAGACCACGCAGUACGGAAAAGGCGGUACCCUUAUAUUCUUGUCCAGGCGGGGUCCGGGUCAUCCAGUAACACCCUGAUAUACCGCCCCAUGCCCCAAGUGACACACAAAUCACAUUCACAUUUCCAUUCAGUUGAUAACUUACCAUUUUUGCAUUGAUCAGGCUAGUCAGGCCACGCUUCAAUUGGUUUCACAAAUGUGAUUAUGUAAAUCUCAUAGAUCUGACAUUUACAAAUGUAAAACAUACCCUAUUAUUUUCGAACACCGUUAUUAGUAACAAUAAUAAAAAAUGAUGAAAGAAUCCACAAUUUCACAACAUAACGUUAAAAUCUAACGUGCCUUUCCAUAGAAAGGCGUGGUUGCCCUAGCAACGACCAAACGACAACGACAACAGGUGGUAAAGAGAUGGCGGAAAAAAGUGGUAUGGAGAAACUAGAUAUUGGUGCACUGAGCCCAGAACAACAAGAGAAACUCCGCCAAUUCAAGAUAAACACGAGAAUUGGUAACGAGAAAUAUCUGAGAUCUCACCCGGAAGUGGAGGUGCUGUUGAGCGACUUUUUAAGGGAAGUAUUUUUAAAAAGACCAGCCGAUAUUCGGGAGUUUGCUGCAAAUCACUUCACUGACCCAGACUUAGCGAAGACAAUCUGCUCUAAGCUUCAAGGCAACUUUGAUUGAAAAGUAUUCAACUUUGAUUGAAAAAUUAAAGUAUUUAUCGAAGUAUUAUUUAUUACUUAUUAAGACAAUUAAACCAUGAGCUUAUUUACAAGAUUUUUGCAAUCUGUAUCUUUGUUUUAAGUAUAGAUUUCUGCCUGCAUUCAUAACUUUUGUAUGUUUUUCAUGUGAACUAUAGUAGAUCAUGCCAGUUUAAAGAAUCUCGUAUACUUUUUCUCAUUAGCCUUCUUUGAUAAUUAGACAAUAGUAUUUCCAUUGUUGGGGGAUUAGCAAGUUUGGGCUUGUUUAUCUGUAUUUAAAAAGACAAUGCCACUCAGUAGUUUUUAAUUUUGUGUUGUCAUUAUUAAACUCUUUUUAAUCAAUAGAUCUGUAUGUUUUGUCCACCUUAAUAUGCACCUUCCCAAAAAGGUACUUUAUUCCAUAUUUAGGCUUGCUACUCUUCUAUGUUCAGUUUAAUUUGUAAUGUUAAGAUUUCUCUAUAGGUUAGAAGGCUCCUUUGCCCAAUGUUGGGACUGAAAUUGGCAGUUCCUGUUCACUGACAUUUUUUGUGAAUGUAGCCCAUACCCACAGAGCU